GUUGAGAGGAAAUGACUGUAGAUGCGGAUGUGUCGUAGCUUUCCCGCGGUUUGAGAGGUCUCUGAUUCAGUUCAUGCUAAAGGAGCGCUGUGUACUUUACCUGGGGGAUUUAAAACAAGAAAUAAACAAACAGUUUGAUUGCAGCGAAACGUCAACCGGUGGACUCAUACUGCAGUGCUGCCCUUACAAGAAUCAUCAGAUCAUCAGCUCAUCAGCUCAUCAAGUGAUAAUAUGCCCCCCAAAAGCCAGAGAAGAACAGCGGCGGCUACUGUAAUACAGGAGAUGGAAGAUAAACAGAUGGACAACGGGGGUAGUCCAAACAAGAGCAACGAGCUUACAGCCGAAAGGCAUAAAGACAAGGAAUCUGACUUUCUCACACUGUGUCAGAAGCUGAAGGUGACGGACGAGGUGUGUGAUCGAGCAUGGAGAAUAUGGGAGACAGUGCUGUCAUCGGGGGAUAUAGUGCCGGACACCAACGUAAAGCACUGGGGAGUCUGUUUGUUCAUAGCGGGAACAGACCUGAAUACAAUGACGUUUACAUUCUCAGAGCUGCAGAAGAAUAUAAAUGUGAAUGUUGCCUACUUCUUUAACCUGCUGAAGAAGACGGAUGUAAAUAUGGACAUUGUAAGCACUAAAGUGAACACAGCCGUAUCCAGGCUGGAAAACAAAUAUGAUGUACAUCUUGCACUGUACCAGAGGUUUGAGAGGUCCUCCAGCCGGGAUGCAGCUUGA